CGACAAGAACCACAUGCACUUCGGCGCCAUCACCUGCGCCAUGGGCAUCCGCUACAAGUCCUACUGCUCCAACCUGGUGAGGACGCUGAUGGUGGACCCGCCGCAGGAGAUGCAGGACCACUACGCCUUCCUGCUGCAGCUGCAGGAGGAGAUGCUGAAGGAGAUGCGGCACGGAGCGAAGCUCUGCGACGUCUACGGCGCCGUCAUGGACGUGGUGAAGAAGCAGAAGCCAGAGCUGCUGAGCAAGAUCACCAAGAACUUGGGCUUCGCCAUGGGCAUCGAGUUCCGCGAGGGCUCCUUGGUCAUCAACAGCAAGAACCAGCAGCGCCUCAAGAAGGGAAUGGUCUUCUCCAUCAACGUGGGCUUCUCGGACCUGCCCAACAAGGAGGGCCGGAAGCCGGAGGAGAAGACCUACGCCAUGUUCAUCGGUGACACCGUCCUGGUGGACGAGGAAGGUCCCGCCACCGUCUUGACGGCCGUCAAGAAGAAGGUCAAGAACGUCGGGAUCUUCCUCAAGAACGAAGACGAGGAGGAGGAGGAGGAGGAGAAGGACGAGGCCGAAGAUCUGCUGGGCCGCAGCUCCCGGGCGGCGCUGCUGACCGAGAGGACGCGG